UCUUUUUCCCAUCGCGCUCGUUCUGUUGCUCUGGCCUUCGGCGCUCUUCGGCAAUCUCGUCUUCCACUCCUUCAGCCUCCCUUUGUGAUCGCUCAUCGGACGUUUUCCCAACUCGAUCUCGAUCCCCUUCCACCGAUCUCUGAUCCCUAAACCUUUCUUCUCCUUUUGCCCUUGAGAUCCCUCGGUUUCCUUUCGAUUCCCCGCCUCUGUCGCCCUCGGGAGCCCUAAUCCGACCUCCCAGGUCCGGAUCCCUGCGUGCUACUCCAUCAGGCGCUGUACGGAUGGCGAGCGACAACGUGGAUCUGCCGGACGGUCUCUUCAUCUCGAAACCGGGCGAGGAGGUCUGGGCCGGGCGAGUGUGUCCUAUCGAGCAUUCAGGAGCAAAAUAAGAAGAGUUACUUCUUUGAGCAACAUUCUUGCCGCAGUUUGGAAUGACUUUUCUAUUAUAUGAGAUGCCUGAUGAAUCUAUACUACCGACUGCUAAUUGCAUCUGCUAGAACCUAUCAGGUGAACCCAGAAAAUAGUAUUCCUCUGUCUCCCCAGUGGCUAUAUGCUAAACCUGGUGACGGCAAGGAUACUCGCCCACCAAAUUCUCUGCCAUCUGGAGGUUUGUCUGAUUCUAUUCAGAAAGAUGUCUGGCGUCUGGAUGGAUCACAGGACAAGAAAGAAUGGAGAAAAAAUGCAUCUGAUAUUGAUGGUAGCCGCCGUUGGCGUGAAGAAGAGAGAGAGAGUAGCUUGCUUUCUAGGAGAGAACGCAAAAGGGAAGGAGAACGAGAAACUGAGUAUCGUAAGGGUGAUCGUCGACCUGAGAAUGUCCUUAUCAAAGAGUCUCUUGAGUCCAGGACUCUGCCUUCAUCUGAGAGGUUGCAUGAAGUUCCUAAUCGUGGUAUGGGAAAUGAAAGCCGCCGAGAUAGCAAGUGGUCAUCAAGAUGGGGCCCUGACGACAAAGACAAGGAGUCACGCAUAGAGAAGAAAGUGGAUGUAGAGAAAGAAGAUUCUCAUAUUGAAAAACAAUCUUUUACUGGUAGCCUCCGUUUACUUUCUGGAACUGAUUCUCGUGAUAAAUGGAGGCCACGACAUCGUCAGGAUGUUCAUUCUGGUGGAUCCUCUGUUCGUGUUGCUCCUGGAUUUGGUUUGGAAAGAGAUCGUGUGGAUGGUUCAACAAAUGCUGGUUUUGCUCGUGGUAGGGGAAGAUCAAAUUCUGUUGCAGUAUUACAGCUGGGCACUUCAAUUACUUCUGCUAGCUCCAUUGGUGCAAUCCUAGUAACUGAGUCUGAGUUCUGCUAUCCUAGAGGGAAGCUCCUUGAUAUCUACAGGAAGCAGAAGACAGUUUUUGUUGAUGCUACACCUGUGGACUUGGAGGAUGCUCCUCCAGUCACAACAUCUACCUUUGUAACUCCUUUGGCCUUUGACACACCUGACUCAGAGGAAAAGGUUCUUUUGAAAGAGAUUUGGAAAGGGAAGGUCAACAGCAGUGAAGCAAACUUAGGUCAGGAAAAGAUGGAAAGAACUAACAAAACUGAUAUAGGUGAUGAAAAGGGCAUAAUUGAAAAGAAACAUGGUAAAAAGGAAUCAGCAGAAGAUUUCAAAGAGCUGAAUUCUCAACAAGGACAACACAAUGACAUUAUUGUGGAUUCUCUGAUUAAUUUGGUUGGUCCUGAUCCUUUGGCCCCAAAGGCUGCUACAAACCAUGAUGUGUUUCUAGAUAAACAAGAUUCACUUUGUGACGAUGUUAAGAAUGCUGAUACAAAUGAUGGUAUGAUGAGAGGGAUAAAUAUCAGUGACCAAUCAAUUCAUCUAGAUGUUUUAGAUGUUUUGAAAAACAUCAAUUUAGGAGAAGAUUUUGUUAUCCAAUUUGAGGUUAGUGCCGAGGUAACAGAUAAGUUACAUACGGAGUUUGAUGUGCCUCAUGGGGAGGUUCCUAACAAUAAAAAAAUUGAAAAUAAAAAGUCAGGUAACAAAUUACCCAGUCCUGAGGAGUUGAGCUUAUAUUACCUAGACCCACAAGGUGAUAUACAGGGGCCGUUUCUAGGUCUUGAUAUCAUCUCCUGGUUUGAACAACGCUUCUUUGGCACAGAUUUACUUGUGUGUUUAUCUGAUGCUCCUGAGGGCACACCUUUUCAGCCAUUAGGUGAAGUUAUGCCUCAUUUGAAACUGGAGCUCCAUUCUACCUCAAAUAUCAACCUUGGUGAAAAUUCUGAAACUUUGGAUGCUACAAGGAAUGAACUUGGCCCUUCCCUUGUGAGUGGUUCUUUUGCUUCAAAGGAUCACCAACAAACCUUGUCUCUGGAUUCUCUGGAUUAUCCUUUAAAAUUUGAUGUUCUUGAAAGUGGAAGCUUGCUAGAUUGUAAUAGUGCCAGGUUACCCUUUUCCAACGGAGAAGCAUCACUGCGUAUGACCGCUGAAGGUCUCAAUUUGCCUGAUUUUACUGGGCAAGAUGCUGAAGUUGUGUUGUACAAAGGUAGGUUCCCGAGCAACAUGGAGAAACAGCAAGAGGGAGAACUUGGUAAUCACAACAUUGCUCUAUCAAGUUCCUUGAGUGGUCAUCGUUCUAUGUAUCCUGAAACUGGAAAUACUAGUUUAGUUAAUCAUAAUCUUCAAAGAGGUGACUUGAAUCCUCUUGGUUUGUUUUGGUCUGAACUAGAAGGUAACCAAAACAAGCCCCUUUCAUCAACAAUUCCAGGUUCUGUGGAGAAUUUGAUUGGCAAUUAUGAUUUUGCAAGAAAUGCCUCUCCAUUUAACCUGAACCAGGAACAACAGUUCAUCUCAGGAAGAGACCGUCCAAUCUCCAAUGAUUCACGGUCUAAAAAUUAUAGAUGGGGCAACAAUGCAAAUACAGUUCCUGAUAAUCUUGUUUUAGAUAACAUGUCGAGGUUUGAACAUGGGUCUAACCAACUUAGUUUAGAACAGUCUAUGCUGUUCCAACAAUUACAGGAAGAACAAUUACAGCAUCAACUUCGUCAGCAAAGCUUACUAGCCCAUCAAAAUGCUGAUUUAGCUGGAACAUUCUUUGAUCAGGUGCAUGAACCUAUCCACCAGCACCCUGUUAAUCAACAGAGCGUGGAGGAUCUAGAACUAAUGCUGAAGCUUAGGUUUGAACAACAACUACAUUUAGAACAAUUGCAGCAACAACAAUUGCAACGACAGCGACAAUUACACCAGCAUCCAAUGCAAUUUCUGCAGCAUCAACUUCAAUGUGAUGAAUCACAAUUGGAAUCACGACAGAUUUAUCUUCAAAAUUUGCUGCAUCAACAAUUACUUGAACCUGGUGCAGGAUUAUCAAAUGUUCAUCCUCAUGGGACGCAGAUGAUGGAUCAGAAUAUUUUAAGGCAGCAACUUUUGAAUGAGUUUCAAAAACAUUCUAGCAAUCUUUCGCAUGAGUCAGCGAUGGAACAACUUAUUCAUGCAAAUCAGGGGCUGAACUUCCAGCAGCAGAAUAAAGAUUUAUUAAAUGUUCUUUCUCAUUCCAAGCUGAGGCAAAUGUCUCAAGAGCAACAAUAUCUCUUAGAACUCCAACUGGAGCAGCUUCAGGCUCAGCAGCUAUCUGCUGCAAGGAAUCUAACUGGUAUUGAGGAUGAGAGGCACACAGGAGGGAUCUGGUCAGUUGAUGAAUCUGGUCAAUUCAUUAGAACUGCAGCUGGUUCACACCCAAAUUAUUCUUCCAGACUUAGCCAAUCAGAAUUUUUGCAGAAACCACAUGGGCCAUCAUUGGUUGAGCAUUCCAGUCAUUCUCAGCGAAACUACUUGUUGCAGGAGAGAAUCCAAAGAGGGUUGCAUCCUCUUGAUAGGUCAAUGCAUAUGCAUACAGGUGCCUCUCCACCAAACUUGGAACUCAUUAAUGCCAGAGCACGAGCUCAAGGAUUGAAUGCAGAAGAACAUCUUGACCAGCUUCAUGCAUCUGGUCAGAUGGGCCAAUUUCAUUCUAAUUUUCACUCUCAUCAAAGACAGAUUUCCAGAGAGUUCUCUGGCACACACAUGGAUCUGACAGAGAACCACUGGUCUGAGCUUGCUAGACAGCUACCAGCUGACACAAUAGAAGCACAGUUGAAACAGUUGCAAAUUAAAGCAGAGAAGCAGAGAGGCGCCAAUAUGAAUAUCUCAGUUGAAAACCCAAAUGCAUGGGCGUCAUACAUAGAAAAUAAUGAAAGAUCAGAAUAUGAACUCAGGGACUUGCUUCGUCAAGAAAUGCUUCACCGAUCUCAACACUCACUCAGGUUGGUGGAUGGUGUUGCUACAUCAUCCUAUGAGCAACAGGAUCCUGCUUCUCUGCUCUAUUCACGGCCUGAUUCUGAGAAUCAAUAUAAUUUGAACAGAGACAAAGUGGGGUUGAAUGGUGUUUUUUCAGAUGUUUCUCUUUUGGAGCAAGUAAGACAGUAUUCAAAUGAACAAGUGAUGAAUCCCAUUGAUAAUAAAUUUGAAAGCAGCAACAGGUUCACUUUAAGACCUGGUUCCUCAACAGCAUUUGAACAGAAAAAAUUCCUGUCAAAUUUAGAUUUAUUUGAAAGAGGAAAGCGUGUGAAUUCUAUCAGUGAUGCUUCCUUACAAUCAAUAGAACUUUCUAAUCUGAAGGAUGGGGAGAGAGGGAGCAUGCAGCAUACCAAUAGAAGUUCCAGGAUCCAAUCAAUGGUGGAUGUGCAAGAAAGUAGGGAUAUGCAAGCAGGUGGAGGUCACGAGGAUAAGUUCUUUAAGCAAGAUUUUCUUGACAAAACUGGUGCUGGUUUAGGUUUCUUUGACAACGAAACAGAAUUUGAUCAAACUGUCAAGGAAGAGAUGUCAAAUAAUAUGAUAUAUGAUGGUCCAAAAGGAGUUGAUAGUUUCUUAAAGCAUACAUGUGAUCCCCAUGACAUGCCAUCUGCAAGACCGUCAGCUGGCACGCUUCAAAUUCCAAAGGGGCAUAAUUCUGCAACGUAUGGAUCAUCAGAAGAAGUACAGCAAGAACAUGGAUCUAGCCUCAUUUCCCAGUCUUCUGAGGUGUUAAGACCUAACAAGAAAGAUGUGAAAUUUCGUCGAACCUCUUCGAGCAUCGACACAGAUAUAAUAGAGCCUUCAUUCAGUGAUAUGCUGAAAAGCACCAAAAAAUCCAUGCCCGAACCCGAGAACAUGGAAACAAGCUCAGUCGGAAAGAAUACCAAAAAGAAAGGAAAGAAAGGGAGACAGAUCGAUCCGUCUCUGCUCGGGUUCAAAGUCCAUAGCAACCGCAUCUUGAUGGGUGAGAUCCAUCGCCCAGAUGAUUGAGCAUCAUUUUUCCUGUAACUAAUGUGUCUGGUUAUUUCUUUACUUGUAAAGUUCCUCUCAGAUUUUUUUGGCCUGUUCACCAUGAAAUGAUGUACGCAGGGUUUUGUACACUUUCGUUCAAAAUGAGGGUUCAUAUUCAAUUAGUUCUAUUGGUUUUUGUUUU